CGACCCGGAUCGAACAGUGUGACACAAAACAGCCGCAGCGGCCAGGGACCUCACUGCUACCAGCGUCGCCGCUAUGCGGGCCUCGAUCAUACGCCGCAGCGGCGUCUUGGCCUCCUUGCGAUCCGGCUGCCACACAUUUUUCUUCUCUUCCUCGAUUUUCCCGGACACUGCCGCCGCGGCGGAUGGUCAGUCCUCCAAACCACUUUCCAUGGCCGAAUACCUAGUCCGCUCGUGGGGCUUAUCCGCCGCCGAGGCAUCCAAGGUCUCCAAACUAUCCCGCGGCAAAUCCACCCAGAAAGCCGACGUUGUUCUCAACUUCUUGAGAUCCGAGGGCUUCGAGGACUCCUAUAUCAAGAAGAUCGUCGUUCUCUCACCUGAUUUCAUUGUCUACGAUGUGAAGAAUAAUCUGGCCCCAAAGUUACGAUCUUUUGUGGAUAUGGGUUUCUCGAAGUCUGACAUAAUCGAGAUCAUUGCAUCGAAUCCCUCCAUACUUACCGGUAACCUGAAACGUUCUAUACUCCCCAAGUUGGAGAUAUGGGAAAGCCUCUUUGGAUCGAGGGAGCUUCUCGUCAAGAUUGUCAAGAAGAAUCGCUGGUGCCUCAGGUAUAGCCUUGAGAAAAGAAUAUUUCCUAAUUUGAAGUUCCUAAGGGAAGAGUUAGGUAUUUCUGAAGAUAGAGUGUCUCGAGCAGCGAGACACCACCCAGGAUUUGUUGGCCAGAAACCAGAAUCACUUCAUGUUUUGGUCGAUAGAGCCGAUGAGAUGGGGAUACCUAGGCUAUCUCCAUUGUAUCUAUGGGCCCUUUACAUUCUCCAAACUGUCAGUAAAGAAAAAGUCGAGGCUAAGCGCACCUGUUGAUGAGCCUUGGUUGGUCGCAGACAGACUUCUCCGAGGCAUUAAGGAAGUCGCCAAGUUUCUUGUCUCUAUCCGUAGACGAGCUACGCAAAAAGAUGCAUUUUUAUGUCGAGGAAGUUGGUUGCACGCCUCCCCUAAUCGCCAAAAAUCCGUCCCUUCUCGGAUUUAGUUUGAAGAAGAGAAUGAUUCCUCGAUUUCGUGUGGUGGAAAUGUUGAAAUCUAAAAGGCUAUGGACUGUUAAGUGCAAGUUUACUACUCUUUUGGCGUUCUCAGAUAAGAAAUUCGUGGAGAAGUUUGUUAUCCCAUAUAAAGAAGAGGUCCCUGAAGUGGUUAAGAUUUUGGAGGGCCAGGAAGGAAUUCUUCUAGCUUUGCAUUCUGGGUAAACAGAAGGGAGGGUUUCUGCGUUAUAAUCAGUGAUCUAUGGCAUUCCACCUGCUUCCUCUUGGAGCUAGCGUACUGUAAGUGAAUCCCUUUUGUCACACUUAUCGAAAUAUCAAUUUUCUUCAAGCACUCUUCGUCCAUCCUUCCUGCAGUAUCCAACUCACUGAUUGUUGUUGCACUGUAUUUUGACUCUGCUGUUUGAGAGAAUGACAUCAAACAUGUUUUAUUAUGAGAACAAUUUUGAGUUCUUAUAGGUAUUUUGCUUUUGGGCUUCUUCUUGGAUUA